AUACAAUGUUGAGCCGUGGUCUUAUGAGAGUUCCGCUCUCCAAGGGCCUUUUCCCUCUUGGGUAUCCCCUUAGAUCUUUUUCGAUUAAAACCCGACUCCUCAACUACAGAGACACAAACCUUAACCACGACUCGCCAAUCGAGUUCGAGCCGUUCAAAAACCCGUCAAACGACACCACUAUCAAAAUCAGAAAGCCGUGGACGAUUGGCCAUACUACCUUGGAGCCCAACUUCCGCCAGGGUUGGAGUCCGAUGUACGUCUCGCCCUCUAUCACGUUUAUCUCCGCCGUGAAGAAGUUUUCUCUCGUCCUAUCCGCCACAAUCUUCGGAGUCUUGCACGUGUACAACGGUACGUCUUUGAGCGCUGAUCUAGUAUCUAAUCUUAUCCAGGGUCUUGCCAUCUUGCCGGUGCCGCUCGUUCACUUCUUCACGAAGGAUUACGUCACCAGAGUUUUCCGCAUCUACGACGACUCCAAGCCACAGACGUUGGAAAACUUGACCACAAAUGAGAAGUUUGUCUUUGAAAAGUUGAAUUGGACAGGGACCAAUGUGUACAAUGAGUUGGUUUACCUUGACGGCUUAAGACUCGUCAAUCCCAAGGAGUUUAGCAGGCUUGGCUGGGUCAACUGGAAGGAUCACGAGCUCACUUCUAACGUUCAAAGACAUUUCUAUAUCGCCGAUGAGGUGGGUGGAUUUAAGAUGGACAGAUUGUGGGAUAUUGUGGAGAAGAAUAGCGGCGUGAACAACGGGAGAUUUCUCAAUGAUAGAAGUUAGAGAAGCUAUCAAAUGGCCUCGUGUAUAUAUUAAUGGGUCAGCAAUAUCAAUACUGUAAGGACGAGAUUAAUCACCGGCUUGCCGAAUAAGGUUUAACAUUCAGCCACGGAAUAAUGCUGAGGUAAUACUAUUGAUACUCCCACAGGACAUUGCAUAUAUACACCAUGAGACAAGGGUGUGAAGCAUAGAGUAUUCCCUGUGAGCGCUGGUAUGCAAUUGCCAAUAAAUGCAUAAGAACAGACUAUUUAGCCCAUAAAUAACAAAGCUGCUUA